CUGGCAGAGCGGCCAGCUCUGAGCUGGUCUGAAGCGCUUUGAUUAAAUCUUAAAUUAUUUAUUAAGCAUCUGUUUCUGUCUUUAUAAGGUUUUCGGUAAACGUGCCGCCUUUACGGUAAACCUCUUUUUUGUCAGCAUGAAUCUCGGAGACGGCCUGCUGUUUGAACUUGAAAAUGGAAAACCCAAGUUGAUUCUACUGAGUCGUGGCGUGGAGAAGAAUCCAGCAAAGCUGUCCUUUAGGCCCAGAGCGGCUAACGUCCUGAGCUCCAGACAGCCGUCCUGUGUGGAGGAGGUGCAGAGAGAGCAGCGGCCAGCCCGCCAGCAGCAGUCAGGGAGGCACAAAGAAACCAAGAGCAAGGCAGGAGGAGCAGCCGCCUCCUUUACCUCCAACACCACCACCACUGGGGGUAGGAGCAGCACUCUGACAUCAUCCAAGACACAAGAGCAUCACAAAGGACUAAGCGUCAAAGUUAUGGCCAAGGUGAAGUCCGACAGACACAAACACGGCGCUACCGUCGGCUCCCUGAGGACUGACGGGAAAACAGGACGGCCUCAGAACAGCGGGACACGAGCAGCUGGAAAGGAGGGACUAACGGGACUGGAGGACAGCGUGGUGUGUGUGACCAAUGAGCAGCUGCAGAAGAUCCUCCACACAGUCCAGACCUGCAGCGUUGGUCCACACCCACCAGAGGACCACCAGACUCAGGUAAAUCAAACAGACUUAAAAGAAGCUGGCUCCUCAAUGAAUGGAGGAGAAGGAGGAGAGAUGAAGGAGGAAGAUAGAGGAGGAGGAACUGAUACAAGUGGAAGAUCACAGGAUAAAGACAACAGGUUGUCUGGAUGUCCGUUCAGCUGGCUGGAGGAGCGACAGUCAGAAAGCAGAGCGGCCAUCGACGCCAAGAAGGCUCUGUGGAGGAGAGAACUAGAUGAGCAAGUGGCGUUGAAGCAGCAGUGCUCGGCUCCUGGCAGACUUCAGGCCGAGGAGGACACAGAGAGUGUGUUCUCAGUUCAGAGCUCCGUCAGCCACAGAGAUCAGCAUGCAGCCAUCAGAUCCAGCCUCAGACUCGGGGAGGUCACGCCGAUGGAGGAGCUGCUGAGUGCCGAGAGGAGAGAAGAGCAGAGGAGACGCUGGCUGGAGGAGCUGGACCAGCAGAGAGAGGAGACGAGUGAACGCAGGAGACGAGAGAAGCUGCUGCAGAGCCAGAUGGUGGACCACGAGCUCUGGGCGACACACUUUGACUCUCUGAGACGACCUCCAGUCCAGACUGCAGCUCCUUCAGCUCCACCUCCUUCAGCUCCACCUCCAGCUCCGUCCAUUGUCUCUGAGCGAGGGGAGUGGGAGCCCUCGUCCAGCCUGUCCCUGGUCUGGGAGGCCGCCAGCAGCUGUGGAGCAGAGAGUGUGGGGAGAGCCAGCGUAGAUACAACCAGCGGACACCCGACCAGAGCCAGCCAUCUGAGGACCAUGACCGCCCUGCUGGACCCCGCCCAGAUAGAAGAGAGAGACAGGAGGAGGCUCAAGCAGCUGGAGCUGCAGCGAGCGAUCGAGGCCCAGGUGGAGGAGCGUCGGCUGCAGAGGAGGAGAGAGGAGGCGAGGAGGAGGGAGGAGUUGGAGGAGGAAGAGAGGAGGCUGGCGCUGGAGAGAGAGAUGCUGGAGAGACGGUACAAGCAGGACACAGUGAAGGAGAAGCAGAAGUUGAAGAACCAGGCAGAGCAGCAAAAGACAACACACAACAACGACGGCGGAAGACAGCAGGAGACGCUGGAGACCAGCGCUACCAGGCAGAGCGAGUGUUUGGAGGAGGAAGUCAACAGUUCAUCCGCCGCUGCACAGACGGGUAACUCAACUAUGACUGCUACAAAUACUGUGACUGCCAAUACGAGUACUACUAUCGGAAACGGUAGUAUCCACACUGAGCCGUCUGUUUUUUUAAAACACUGUUUACAUGCGAGGAUGUGUUUCCACUCUAGUGUCUCCAGUUCCUCCAACAGUAUUUACUCUGACCCCCCUGUACCCUGUUCCUCCAGCAGUAUUUACUCUGACCCCCCUGUACCCUGUUCCUCCAGCAGUAUUUACUCUGACCCCCCUGUACCUGUCUCUUCCAGGCCCAGCCAUCGGUUCGUUCCGGCCUCGGAGCGUUACCCGGCCCCUCUGCAGAGGUACAGACAGGAGAGUCGACAGAGGAGACAGGCUGAGCUCCUCGCUCUGCAGGAGAGGACUUGUCUGUCCAGGACCGACCCCCCCCCUCCUCCUCCUCCUCCUCCUCAGCACGAGGAGCCUCGUCUCUGCUCCAACCCCUCACAGACCAGAACCAGUCCCACCAUGAGGGUGGAGAAUGUUUCCAGAGGUCUCGGCAUCUUAGCAGCAGUCAACACUGAAAGGGGGCGCUCUCCUCAGCGGGCACCUUCCUCCUCCACCCCCCCUCCUCCUCCUCCGGAGUUCAUUCCUUACGUCCGGACUGAUGAAGUCUUCAACAUGGAUCCACUGGAGCCUGCUGACACCCCCCCCACUAGAACCCACACUCCUCCUCAGAGCUCAGCAUCUCCUCCUGCUGCUCCCUCACAUCGACUCCUCCACUCUGAACUGCUUCGUAACACACAGACACACCGACAGCAGGAGAUCCUCAGAGGCCUGGCCCAGCUACGGCAGGGUUUAUUACAGAAGCAGAGGGAGCUGGAGACAGAUCUGAAUCCUCUGCUGAAGCGCCAUGACAAUGAGCACCGGCCGCCCACAGCAACGCACCGCAAGUGACCUCUGACCCCUGCUCCGUGUGUGUGUGCCGACGGUGUUUGGACCAGCCGUCAUGGAGAACAUUAAACACAAACAGGGGCUUGUUCAGUCGUCCAACACUCUGAGACUGAAUGUUCAAUGUGAGAUUUUGGGAGUUUUCAAAGUGAAGCUGAUUGUGUCAGAGUGAAUGUGACGGAUGCUCUUGAUUUUAGGCUGUUUCAGGAGGCAGAAGUGAUCGUUUUAUUACCAGUAAAUAGCAGAAGCCCUGAGAGAGAGAGAGAGAAAGAAUCCGGUGAUCCAUUUUUAUUACUAAUAUAAAUAGUUUUCUCUCCUGUUUUCAGACUAAUCUUUCCUAGUGUUGUUGUUGUUGUAAUACUCAUUUUGGCCACAAGAGGCCAAAGUGCACCACCACCCCGAGUUCUAAAUAGGACUUAUAGAAGCAUCAUAUCUUCUGCACAGGUCUUCUUCCAGGCCACACUGUUAUUAUAAUAACAGUCAUAUUAUAAUUAUAAGACUUUUUAUUUACCGCAAACAAUGUUAACUCUACAAUGCAUUUUUACUGAUACUAAUUUUAAUUAAUCUCAUGUUGAUUGUUUUUUUUUUAAUGACAGCCUAAGGGGAGACAAUCCACUUCUAUUUGAGCCGGUUUGGGUUUAUAUUUACUCGAACCUUUGACUGUGAUGGGCAGCUAAACAUCGUAACACUGACAUUCUGAACUCACUGUUACACCACACCUGCUGUUAAAUCAUAGAAACGUGUCUGGAAUAAAAAGUAAAGUGUGAGUUUCAAGUUAAACACGAGGACUCGACUGAGCUUUUAACUUCUAACGCCUCAUUGUUUUAUUUAAAUCUACUCCAUCAGUUCUACCUCACAUCAAGAUCAUCAUAAGACAAACAUGUUUAUUUAUCACUAACUGGAUUUAUGAGGUUUUACUAUCAUGUUGAAGAUUGUAUCUUAAAAUUCUGUUUUGAAUGCACUUUCCAUAAGAAUGACACUGUGUCAAACAGGUAUAGUUAAACUUUUUUUUAUAAAUUAUUGUCCCUGCAGACGAGCUCAGCGCUUCUUUAAAUCAUUAAUAUACGAGUUUGUUUGUUUCUUCAGCUUCCUGCUGGCCGAGGAGCUCCGUGUUUCUUUGUGCUUCUUUAUUGUGGAGUUUCUUGUUUUAUUGUAUUUUUUUAUUUAUUGCAAAUGAAAUAAAUAAUGUCAAGUGUACCUCGACCUUUUACAAUCUAUUUCUUACAAUUGCGCUUAAUUUUGAUCUAUUGUAUUUUGGCAACUGCCUGAUUCCUGAAUUUCCCACAGCUGACACUGUUAAAAAGAUAAAACAUGUUUCAAAACUCCAUUGAAACUGUUGGUCUUUACUACAUGUUGAUUGAUUGAUGAACACAGGUCAACUUUGAAAGCCAGUUUGUUCUUUAUCUCCAGCAGGAGAAGUUAAGAUAGUUUGUCAUUGUUUUAUUUUGUGAAUCAUCUCAAUUAAUAAUAAAAACGUUGAACUCACCUUGUCAACAGCUAAGAUCUUGAGCAGAUGGAGAAAGCUUACAUUGACAACUAAUUAACAAAUAAUUAAUAAACAUACACGUUAAUAAACUACGAUGAGCCGUGAUGUGUCAUUUUCUGUGUUGCUUUAGUUGUUGAGCACCUUUUCCACUCACACACACCUGUUUUCAGUUACUCUGGAUGAUCACACCUGUGAUCAUGUGGUUAGUGGACCGCAGCUUUGAUGGGAAU